AUGAGCUUCUCAAUUUCUCAUCAGACGCAAUCAUCUUCUAAAACUCACCCACAUGUUGACCGGUUGGAAGCAUGCUCCGCUGCGGCGUGGGAAAUACUCGCCUCUCUAUACAACGGCCUGCCCGAGGCCAACGGCUCACCGCUGCCGAGAGAGACGGGGCCUUUGGACAUGGACUCGGUCACCGCGUUCUCGACGGACUUGAAUACAAGAGGACUGUCUCUUGGGGGCAGAAGCGGCAAAGACCGCAUUGCUUCACAGUUUGACCAUAUUUUGCGCCAACUGCUUGCCGGGACCUCGCCCACGUCGGACCAGUUUACUCUUCUCUGCGAAGAAGACAGGCGCCUCAUCGCGGCACUGAACCGUGAUGCUCCGCCGCAGACUUGUAGCACGAUCCCCGCCAGCAUCUCUCGGCGCGCAAACCUCGACCCUCGAGCAACGGCGGUCGAAGGACCGGAUGCCGUGCUCACGUUCGCCGAGCUCGAAGCCGCUAGCACACAUCUCUCCCUGAUCCUUCGAGGCCGCGGCGUGGGACCAGAGACGGCCGUCCUGUUCUACUGCGCCAAGGAAGCCCGCUCCGUUGUGGGCUUUGCUGCCGUCUUGAAGCUUGGGGCCAUCGCCGUGCCACUCGACCCGUCGUAUCCGCCGAGUCGACAAGCCGCCAUUGCCGAACGGGUUGGUGCCACGCUGGCCUUGGUUGCGCCGGCAUACCUCGAUCAAUUCCUCAAGAACCUGCCGAGUGUCCAGAAUCUAGUCAUCCCAGACUGUGCGAGUCUGCUUGUAGCAGAAGUUGCGUCGCUGGAAGGCGUCUCGUCGCUUCCAGAGCCCACCGAUACGGCCUUUAUCCUGUUCACGUCUGGCAGCACCGGAGCUCCCAAGGGCGUUGUUCUGGACCACUGUGCCAUAUGCACCUCGGCCAGCACCCACGCCGCCGUCCAGAAGAUAUCCACGAAAACCCGCGCUCUGCAGUUCUCGGCAUUCACUUUCGACGUGAGCGUCUACGACAUCUGGUCGACGCUGAUCCGCGGGGGAUGCGUCUGUCUCGUCCCCGUGGCGGAAUGCCUCAACAAUCUGGCCGGCGUUAUCAACUCGCACCGCAUCAGCUUCGCCGCGUUGACGCCGGCUCUGAUCUCAACGCUAUCUCCCCUCGACGUGCCCGGCCUUGAGGCGAUGACUGUGGUGGGUGAGGGUCCGACGAGGGAUCUCAUUGAGACGUGGGCUCCCAAGCUGCAUCUCGUCAACGGAUACGGGUCCACCGAGGCCUCGACCUGCGCCCCGGCCGUCAUGAUGCCCGGCACCCGUGCUGACUGGAUAGGGUGCGCCGUGGGUGCGCGGGCAUGGAUCGUCGACCCCGAAGACCACCGGAAGCUUGUUCCUCUUGGUGCCGUUGGUGAGCUUGUCAUCGAAGGCUCCAUUGUCGCAAGGGGAUACCUCGAUGACGAGGCCGAGACCUCGGCCAAGUUCAUCAAGCCCCCCGCGUGGUGCCCUAGGUCCACGUCUCGCAUGUAUCUGACCGGAGAUCUGGUGAGAUGCUACGACGAAACCGACGGAGGCAUGGUGUUCUGCGGCCGCAAAGACCACAUGCUGAAAUUGAACGGCAGGAGGAUCGAGCCCGGCGAGGUCGAGUACAGGGUCCGCAACAGCGUUCAAUACCCGGCUCUCGCCGCGGCGCAAGUCAUCGGCGAGGACCAACCGCGUCUUGCAGUGUUCAUGACCAAGGGCACUUCGACGAGUAUCAACCCAGGCGAGGAAAUCGUGCUGCCGAUGACCAGUGAUCUCCGGCUCGGGUUCCUGCGCCUCCGCCAACGCCUCCGAGAAAGCCUACCAUCGUACAUGGUUCCCUCCGUCUACGUGCCCCUGUCCAGCAUGCCGGUGCUUCUCUCUCGCAAAACCGAUCGGAGGACUCUCGUGGCGCUCGGAAGCAGCCUGACGCCCGAGCAGCUUCAUGCGUACUCCCUGGGAGGGGAGCGCAAGGGGUCGAAGAACCUGGAGAGCGCGGAGCAACUUCUACUGGCGGCGCUUUGGGCCAAGGUCCUGGGCGCUCCGGACCCUCCCCAGCAUACGGAGGACGAUUUCUUUGCCUUUGGAGGAGACUCGAUUGCCGCUAUUCGCCUGGUGGCGGAGGCGUCCAAGGCGAACAAGAUGAUGUCGGUCGAGGAUGUCUUCCUGAACCCGAGCCUAGGGUCGAUGGCGAGCGCCAUCCGCCCACUGUCGGAGCAGGAUGAACCGAAAGGUAGAGGGGGCACCGAUACCGGCGGCAGCUGCUCGGAUGGUGUGCAUCGGGAGACUCUCCUCGCAGAGGCCGCUGUUGCGUGCGACGUCUCCUUGGACAAGGUCCAAGACGUGUAUGCUGCCACGCCUUUCCAGGAGGCCAUGUUGGCCAUCUCCGCCCAUCGACCGGGGUCAUACGUUCGUAGCGCCGUCUUUGAGUUGCCGGACUCGAUUGAUCUCGACCGGUUCAUCCUGGCGUGGCAAGUGGCGUACGAGAGAUAUCCGAUCCUGAGAACGAGGAUCUUCCAGGUCGGCGAGACAAGGUCGUUUUCCGCCGUCGUCCAAGAACCGUUCGCCGUCACUUAUUUUGACAGCCUCCAAGACGUUCCGUCGCUUCCAACAACGGGAUCGAACAUGCCGCUUGUGAAGUUUGGAGUCUCCAAGAGGGCUCGGCUUUUCGCGUGGAUAUCACAUCAUGCCACCCACGACGGCUGGUCUGAUGCUCUCAUUCUGGAGACGGUAGCGAGCGCCUACCGUGAUCCCUCAAGUGUAGAGGCCUUGCCGGCACCGCCGUCAGCCAAGGGAUUUGCCGAUCAUUGCGUCGAGGUCGCGCUUCGGCCUCAAACGGCCGCGUUCUGGGAGAAGCAGCUACAACGGCGACCGGGAGAGGAGCCAUGUCACUAUCCCCGGAUGCGCCAGAACGCGGCGACACGUCCCGACGGACUGCUCACUUACACCAUCAGGACGCCGCCGCCGCCGCCGCCGCCGCAGCAGCAGCAGCAGCAGCAGCAGCAGCAGUCCGGCAUCCCGGGAUCCGAGAGAACCGAGGGCAUCACCGCCGCCAACUUGAUCAAGGCCGCGUGGGCCCUCGUGCUGUCCUGCUACACGGGCAGCAACGAUGUCGUCUACGGUUCCGUGACCAACGGCCGCACGGCUCCCAUUCGCGAUAUCCAACGGCUGGCGACCCCUACGCUGGCCACCGUACCGUUGCGCUUUCGGCUCAACACCGAUCAACGGGUCUCGUCCUUCCUGAAGGCGACCCAGAGGGACUCGGCACGCAUGAUGCCGUUCGAGCAAACGGGGAUGCAGAACAUCAAGAGAAUGUGCGACGACCCGGGCGCCGGGGAGUACACCAGCUUGCUGGUUAUCCAUCCGGACCAGCAGGAUUCUCUCAAGGCCUUUGCCAGCUCGCUGGGCAUUGCCCGGGUGCACGACGACACCACCAGCCGGCCCGGUUUCCACUCUCAUCCCAUCACCAUCGACUGCUUUCUACGGGCCCACGGCGCGGCGGACCUCCGCGUGUCCUACGACUCGACCAUGACGUCUCCCGCUCAGAUGACGCGCCUCCUGGAGGUUCUCGACGGGGUGGUAUGUCAGUUCCGCCGAGCCGCCUGCGUCCCCGGCUCAGACUCGGACUUGUUGCUCGGCGAGGUGGACCUCCUGCCGGCCUGUCAUGCCGAAACCAUCUGGCGCUGGAACGCAGACGUGCCGCCGGCCGAGAAGACGACCCUGCAUGAGAUGGUGGCCGCCCAGUCGCGCGCGCGGCCGCCGGAUAGCCUCGCCCUGGUCGGCCCGGACAAGUCGUACACGUUCGCCGAGUUGGAUCUGGCUUCCACCCGCCUGGCCGGGCGCCUCCGGGACCGCGUGGGAGUGCGACCCGGGACCGUCGUGCCCCUCUGCUUCGAGAAGAGCGCCCUCGCCGUCGUUUCCAUGCUCACCGUGCUGAAGUGCGGCGCAACGUUCGUGUCCGUAUCGCAUCCCGCCGCUGAAACCGGCGCGUAUCCGGCGCGGCGGGUGAAGGCCAUCCUGGACUCGGUCGCGUCUGACUUUGUCUUGUGCUGCGACGAGCCGGACGCCGAGUUCUGUGCGGAGGUCCUCGGAGUGAAGGGGGUCAAGAUGGCCGCUGAGUUGGCCGAGGGCUCGAAGCCGGACCCCAAUCCACCAGCAGCAUCUGAUCGUCUGGUCAAUGUCUCACCGGAGGAUAUCGCGUACAUCAUGACAACAUCAGGUUCGACCGGUGUUCCCAAAUGCUGCCGCGUGAGCCAUCGGGCCAUAUGCACCAGCAUCCUCGCCCAGGGCCGCGCCAUGGACGUUGGGCCUGGUACGCGCGGGUACCAGUUCAGUGCCUACACGUUCGACACCAGCAUCGCCGACAUCUUCACCCCGCUCGCAAACGGCGGCUGUGUCGUGAUCCCGUCCGAGUCCGAACGUCUCGGCGACCUGGCCGGGAGCAUCGUCCGGCUCGACGCCAACUUCGCCUUCCUCACGCCCACCGUCAUCGGGCUCCUGGCCCCCGGCGACGUCCCGUGCCUCAAGACGCUCGCCCCGACGGGCGAGGCCAUCAACCGCUCCGUCAUAUCCCGGUGGACCGGCAGGGCGGCGGUCCGGCUGGUGAAUGCCUACGGGCCCGCCGAGACGGCCGUGAUAUGCAGCGCCGGGGAUGUGACGCGGGAUCCCGGAAAGGUCAACUCCAUUGGCCGGGCCGUCGGGUCGGCGCUAUGGCUGGCGUCCCCGAGCAACCCCGACGCUCUCGUGCCGAUCGGGUGUGUGGGAGAGAUUCUGGUCGAAGGGCCGAUCGUGGCCAGCGGCUACCUCAACGAGCCGGACAAGACAGCGGCCGUCUUCCUCCCCGGCACGCGGUGGUUGUCGGAGGGGGUCGCCUCGGGCCGCCGUCGCAGGGACAACGGGGACAUGGUCUACCGGACCGGGGACUUGGCCACGUACAACGAUGACGGGUCCAUCAGCUACAUUGGUCGAAAGGACUCCCAGGUGAAGAUCAACGGGCAGCGCGUGGAGCUUGGCGAGAUCGAGCAUCAUCUCGGAACCCUGGUCAAAGGGCGACCCGUCGCCGUGGUUGCCGUGAAACGGGGGGUUGAUGCUAGUGCCUCGUUGAGGAUAGUGGCCUUCAUCCCACGAGCGGGCGCGGCGCCUAUCGAUGGGCAGGACGAAGAAGCCCUCGUACUCCCCAUGACCCCGGCUUUCGCCGCUGAAGCCCGGGAUCUCUCCAGCCGGCUGAUGGGGACCCUGCCGGCGUACAUGGUGCCCUCGAGCUUCAUCCCCCUGUCCUACAUGCCCAAGGCAGAGGCAUCCCAGAAGAUGGACCGCAAAACGCUCCAGCAGCACGCGAUGGCCCUCUCGGAGGAGAGCUUCAUGCAGUAUUACUGCGAGCUGGAAGGGGAGGAGGGCUGCUCCGAGCCCCCACUGGGAGAGGCAGAACGCCAGCUCUCAUCCAUGUGGGAGACUGUCCUAGGCAAGAAGACGUUUGGUUCUUUCAGACGACAAGACUCUUUUCUCCGUGCCGGCGGCGAUUCCAUCUCGGCCAUGAAGCUGUCUCGAAUGGCUCGCGCCCGAGGCUACCGCCUGGACGUCCGAGAUAUCCUGGUCAGCAACAGACUCUGCGACAUGGCUUCGCUGCUGUCGUCGUCGUCGUCGUCGUCGUCGAAGAAACCGUUGCCUCCUCGACGGGAUUCGUCGGCGCCGAGCCUGGCGACCAAGGAGCUCCGUUCCGAGGCGGCUCGGCAGUGCCGUGUGCCGGUCGACCGGAUCCGGAGCAUCUGCGCUUGCUCGGCCCUGCAGGCGUCCAUGUUCGCCUCUUCCGUCGGGAAAUCGUCCACCUACGUCAGCCGGAACGUCUUCAAGCGCAUCAGAGGAGGAGGAGCCGGCGGCGGCGACUUCUCCACGGGGCGGUUCGUCGCUGCGUGGGACACGGCCGUGGCGGCCAUGCCCAUCCUGUCGACGCGCAUCGUCGAGGACGAGUCGGGGCUGUUCCGCCAGGUCGUGCUGGCUCCGGCUCCCGUCGAGAUCUCGAGGUACUCUGGCAGUCUCGCGGAGUGGCUGGCCGAGGACGGCAAAGUCGUCGUCGCGGCCGGGGCGCCUCUCUCCAGGUAUGCCUUGGUCCAGCAACAACAAGCCGACGACGACAUGUACUUUGUCUGGACGUUGCACCACUGCCUCUAUGACGGUCCGACGUACGAGAUGAUGCUCGCCGUCGUGAACGAGGCAUAUCAAGGUCGCAUAGUCACCAGGACAUCGCCCUUUUCGCGCUUCAUCGAAUACGUCUCGGGGAGUGCAGCAAAGGAGAGGGCGGCCCUCUUUUGGCGGAAACGACUGUAUAAUUCCAGUGCCACAACCAUACGCCGCCGAAGAGGGGGGACGGGGACCCCAGAGCAGCCGGGUCGUGCCUCGGGGGGCUAUUCUCACUUGGACGUUGACCUUGAUACGUCGUCACCGUUGUCCUCGUCAUCCUCGUCAUCCUCGUCAUCAUCCUCAUCGGACAUCCUCCCAUCCACUUUGCUCAGCGCCGGUCUCGCCCUCGUCCUCUCCCGCUACACCACCGCAUCGGAUGUGACCUUUGGGACGGUCCGGAGUGGUCGAGACAUUGCCCUGGACGACGUCGAGACCAUCCUCGGCCCCACCAUCGCCACCGUGCCGACCAGGAUCCGAUGGUCCCCGGGUGAAGCCGUCGAGAGCUUCCUGCGCCGCGUCCAACACGAGGCCGCCGAGGUCAUCCCGCAUCAGCACCUGGGACUGCAGGAGAUCGGCAGCGUCGCCGGCUACGGGGCAUGCGCAUUCGACGUAUUGCUGGUGGUGCAGCAGCAGAAGGCCGAGGCGCAUGAUGGCCGCCGCCAGGCUCCGUCCCCGCCGCCGCCGCCGCAGCUCGUCGGCCACGAGCAGAUGACGACCGCCUUGACGGACUUUCACACACACCCGUUGAACCUCGAGUGCUUCGUCGGCCCGGGUCGUCGGACACGCGUGGCCGCGCAGUACCAAGCCGAUGUCAUCCCGCACGAGGAGCUGCGGCUCCUCUUGCACCAGCUCGACUUCGUAGUCCAACAACUGCGUGACCGUGACGGCCCGAGACAAGGUCGCAGCGUGGGCGACGUCCAUCUGACGAGUCCGCACGAGAGGGAGAGGAUAGUGGCCUUGAGCGGAGGACAGGUUGCCCCCGUCGAGGUGACGACGGCGGACAUGUUUCGCCUACAAGCGUUACGCCUCCCAAGGUCCCCGGCUGUCCUGGGCCACGGAUGCUCCUUGACGUACGCAGAGCUCGACAGACGGAGCGAUGCCCUGUCGCAGCAUCUCAUCAACACCACCACCACCACCACCACCAACACUGGGGGGGCAGCGUGUCCAGACGACGGCGACGGACACCAGCGCUAUAUCGGGCUUCUGUUUGAGAAAUCCCCCCUGUACGUCCUCGCCCUGCUGGCCGUGCUCAAGACGCCACGGACGGCCUUCGUCCCGCUGGACGUUGCCUGGCCGGACGCCAGAGUCUUGGCCGUGACGGGACGGCUGGGCAUGGAGCAUGUACUGGUCUCCGAGGCCCAGCUGGAUCGCAUCUCCUCUCUAGACCCGGGACGAGGACGACGACUACGCCCGAUCGUCGUGUCGGCUUCGUCUUUCGGGGGGAGCCCCAAGUCGUCGUCGUCAUCGUCGUCGUCGUUGUCCGAGGAGGGCUUACCUAGUGGUCGGCGGCGGGUGCCUCCAUCACCGGCCCCGAACGAUGUUUCGUACCUCUUGUUCACCUCGGGCAGCACCGGGGACCCCAAAGGCGUCGUCAUCGAGGAGGCCAGUCUGGCGACCAGCCUGGCGAGCCGCAGCAAGGCCAUGGACGUGUCUCGGCACACGCGCACCCUGCAGUAUGCGAGCCACGGCUUCGACGCCUCGCUGGAUGAGAUACUGCUGCCCCUGGUCGCCGGCGGCAGCGUUGUGGUCCCGACGCUCGAUGACGUCCGGGACGACAUAGCCGCCGUCAUCCGCGCGUGGCACGUCAACUUUGCCCUUCUCACGCCCACGGUGGCGCGGUUCAUGUCGCCCGCCGACGUCGCGGGGUCUCUCCGCAGUCUCGUCCUGCUCGGCGAGCCGAUGACGGCCGAGAUCAUGGAUACGUGGCGGGACGCGGUGAAGGCGCUCUUCAACGGGUACGGGCCGAGCGAGUGUUCCAUCGCCGCGACCGUCCAGCGGCACUCGUCCGCCAACGCCGACUUGGACGUGAACAACAUCGGGAGACCGUACGGGUGCCGCGUGUGGAUCACGGACGCCAAAGACAACCACCACGGGCGGCUAGUACCGUUCGGGUGCGUCGGCCAGAUCUGCAUCGAGGGUCCCAUCGUGGGCCGGGGAUACUUUGGCGAGGCGGGAGACCGUGGUGACAACCACGCUGACGCCUUUGUCGAGGAGGACGGCGUCCAGUUGGGGGGCCAUGGCCACCGUGUAGGCCGUCUGUACAGGACGGGCGAUCUCGGAACGCUGAACCUCGACGGCUCCGUCACCAUUGUUGGGAGAAUGGACAGGCAGGCAAAGCUGAGGGGCCAACGGCUCGAGCUGGACGAAAUCACGGCCCAAAUCAGAGCGAGCAAGGAGGUCCCGGAGCAUUGCGGUCUGGUCGUCGACGUCGUCAGGGUCGGAGGACAAGGAGGAGGAGGAGGAGGCGCCGGCUCCUCUGACAUGCUGGCCACCUUUUUCUGCCUCGAGAACCGCCGCCAAAGAACAGACAGCCCUCUGCUUCUCGCUUGUUCCGACACCUUCACCUCGUCCAUGAGACGCCUCCAGAGCCAUCUCAAGGGCGUCCUCGUCGAGUACAUGGUCCCGGCCUUGUACGUGCCCGUUUCACACAUCCCCGUCAACUCAAGCGGCAAGACGGACCGGAAAGGCCUCGGCCGUCUCGUUGCCGACUUGGCCCCACGCGACCUAACCCCCUAUUUCCUGGGCGAAUCACGACCGAAACAGCUUCCUCGUACCGCAGAGGAAUCCAAGCUGCGGCGACUGUGGUCCCGUGUCCUUGCCGUCCCGGAACAAGACAUUGGCGUAGAGGACGACUGGUUCAAACUCGGUGGUCACUCGGUGAACGCGGUCCAGCUGGCGUCUCUGGCGCGUUCGGACGAGGGGUGGACCUUGGGUGUUCGUGCCAUCUUCCGUUGUCCGAAGCUCGAGGACAUGGCCUCGGCCUUGACCAUGCCGUCGACAUCGCACGCAUCGUCCAAGCAAGAUACGUCCAAGCAAGACAUGACGACGACGACGACGAUGACGACGAGGGGGCCGCCGCCGCCGCCGCCGCCGUUCUCCCUCCUCGACUCCACGACGGCCCAGACGGCAAAGCUGGCGGCGGCUCGGCACUGCGCCGGCGUGGGCAUCGACAUGGUGCAGGAUGUGUUGCCCUGCAGCCCCCUCCAGGAAGCCAUGUUGACCACGUCCCUACGGAAGACGGGUUCCUAUACGAACGUGUUUGCGUUCCGGAUGCCCGCGCAUGUCCAAGCCGGCCGGCUCCAGGCCGCCUGCCGGGCCCUCGUGGCAACACAUGAGAUAUUGAGAACCCGCUUCUUCCUCUUGGACGACGACGACGACGACAGACUGGCCCAGGCUGUCGUGAGCCCCGAAGCCGCAUUCUCGUGGACGCAAAUCGAAGCCCGGAGCCUGCGAGAUGUGCUGGCGCGGCAACGCAGUGUUACUGCUGCUGCUGGUGGUGCUGCCACCGGCGACGUCUUCGGGGUUCUCCUGUCUCGUUUCCUCGAGGUGCGCUCCAAAGACGACGGCAACUUCUUUUGCUGGGUCAUCCACCACGCGCUGUACGACGGCCGUUCCAUGUCCAUCAUGCUCCGUCAGCUCGAAUGGGCUUACAACGGGCGUGGACUCGGCCCGUCGCUCUCCUUCUCCCACUACAUCUCAUGGUGCCGGCGGCGUGACGCCGUCACGGCCGGAGACGACGGGGCCGGCCCCGGAGGUAGCCAGCGGUUCUGGGCGUCGUAUCUCCGAGGCGCCAAGACGUGCCGUCUUCUCCUCUCGGGCGACGACGACGACGACGACGACGACGACGACGCGGGGCCCGAACCCAACAGCACGCUAUACCGCUCCGUAUCACUUCGCCACGGCGGCAACGUCUUCCUCCCCCACGGUGUCACUGAUGCGACCGUCCUCCGCGCGGCCUGGGGACUGGUCCUCUCCGUCUAUACCAACUCUCUCGACGUCUGCUGGGGCAUGACGCUGUCGGGCCGCGACGGCGACCUCGACGGCCUCGUAGACAUGGUCGCUCCUACGCUUGCCACCGUCCCCGUCCGCGUCGUCAUCUCCCCAGACGAAGCCCUUGAGGAUUUCCUGGGCCGCAUCCAACGGGAGGCGGGUGAUAUGAUGGGCUUCGAGCACGAGGGCGUCCAGAACAUUGCCAAGAUGUCGUCAGACGCGGCGACGGCAUGCCGUUUCGACACGCGGCAAGUCAUCACACUCCAGGCCGCCGCCGCCGAGGGCACAGCGGAGCAUCUGCUGCUGGGGAUGACGCCCGUUCCCGAAAGCGAGCUGGGGACUGAGAGGGUGAAUCACAUGGACUCGGCUCUAGUCCUCGAGUGCACCGUCGCAGCGGCGGCGGCAGACGCGGCGGAGGACCUCCAUCUGAGCUUGACGUUUGACGACAAGCUCCUCUCCCGCGAGGACGUGGAGGCCCUGAUGGACACCUUUGAGUUUGUCGUGCGGCAGCUGGGCGAGAGCAGCAGCGGCACCAAGACCGUGGGAGACGUCGAGUUUGUCCCACCGCACCUGCGAGUUCCUCAAGUGGUGAGGGAGGAGGCAGCGGCGGCGGCGGUGGCGGCGGCGGCGCUCUGUGACUAUCGUGAGGUCCGGGGUCCCGAGACGGCCGACUGGGAGAAGGUUUGGCGCAACCUGCUCACAACAACAACAGCAACAUCAACAACAACAGCAACAACAACAACAACAACAACAACAGCACCGUCCUUGGUCAUCGUCUCGCCGAGCAACAAGAAGAAGAUGGUGCCGCGAGGCGCUGUCGGACAGCUCUGCAUCAUACUCCAAGAGGGAAAGGAAGUCAAGAUGAUGAAGGAGGAGGAUCUAACACCCGUCGAGAACGGUCCCUGGGCAGCUGGGCCAUGCUUCGCCACCGGAUAUCUGGCACGCACCGUCUUCGGGGGUCGUCAACUGCACGUCCUCGGAUUGGCAGAGAACCAGCGUCAUGUUGACGGCCAUCUCGUGGUUCUUGACGAGGUCGAAGACGCCGUGAGGAAGCAUCUGCCCGGCGGCGCAACAGUCACGGCGGAAGUCGUCCUCCCAGGCGGCCCGAAACAAGGGCAAAGAAAACCCAUGCUCGUUGCUUUUAUUGGAAAAGGCCUCAUCCGUAACGGAGACUACUACGACGACGACGAGGCACGCAGCCUCGCUCUCAGGGCCAAGGAAGAGAUGCUCCUGGGACGUAUACCCCGUCGUCUUGUUCCUUCGGCCUUUGUUCUUCUCGAUGACUUGGCUUACCUGGCGUGCGGGCACAAGGAACAACAACAACAACAACAAGAGCAGCCCGACAGACGUAAGCUGCGAGAAUACGCAGGCGGUCUACCGCGGUCCAGCUUUCUGGGCUUGACACCAAGCAACAACGACGACGACGACGACGACGACGACGACGACGACGACGCCGAGAUACCAAAAGGUGGAAGGGUGCUUGACGACGACGCCGAACGUCUUCUUGCCGGAGUGUGGGCCGAGGUCCUCGGUGUCGAACCGAGCAGAAUCAGCAGCUCUUCGACCUUCAUGGGCUUGGGCGGCGAUUCUAUUGCUGCCAUGCGCAUGAUGGCCCGUUUGCAGACAAGAGGCUUCCGGCUCGCGAUGAGGGACAUAAUGCGGCGCCAGACUCUGUCUGCUCUCGCCGCGUUGAUGCAAAAGGCCACGGCCGCGGUCGUCGUUCAGCAAGACUCGCAGAAUGGUGGUGCUAGGGGGAACGACGACGACGACGACGACGACAACGACAACAACACUCAGGUAGCGGCGGUGAUGCCGGUGCCGGUGCCGGUGCCGCUAUCGCCAAUGCAGAGGCUCUUCUUCUCACUUUCGCCUCCGGGAUGUCACCAUUUCAACCAGAGCCUCCUGCUUCAUCUUCCCGGAUCGGUGAGCCUGCCGAAACUCCAACAGGCGUUGGAGAGCCUCGUUGCCCGUCACGACUCUCUGCGAGCCCGGUUCCGACGAGACGAGGCCGGGAGCUGGCGGCAAGAUAUCACCCGGGCGCCGCAACUGUCGAUGGACGUCGCAGUCUCCAAGAUGGCCGAUGAAGACGACGGUGGCGUACUGCAGAACGAGCUGGCAAGUGUACAGCAGGGCUUGGAUAUACAGAACGGACCCGUGUUCUCGGCACGCGUGCUGGAGAAGCCGGACGGGAAACGACUGUUCUUCCUGGUGGCCCAUCAUCUCGUCGUUGAUCUCGUUUCCUGGCGUGUCAUCGUCGAUGACCUGCAGCUGCUCCUCGCCGGAGAGCCCAUCAUCAUCACUGCUCCAACAACAUCCCUCUCAUGGGGUGCCUGGUGCCGCGCUCAGGCGGUCCAACUGUCGGCCGGCGGCGGCGGCGGCGAGACACUGCUUCGACGACACGAGGCCCAGGUGCUGGAGGCGUUGCGGUUCUGGGGGAUGCAGGACAAUCCCAACGUGUUUGCCGACGUCCAGUCGAGCUCGGUGACGAUGGACAAGGCGUUGACAGACGUGUUCCUCGACGCCGCGAACCGGCCCUUGCGGACGGAGCCGGUCGAGAUACUGGCCACCUCGCUCAUGGCAUCGUUCCUCGACGUCUUUCAACAGCAGCGGCGGCAGCGGCAGCAGGAAGUCACCAUCUUUCUCGAAGGCCACGGGCGCGAUCUGUUCCCCGAGCUGGACGUAUCCCAGACGGUGGGAUGGUUCACCACGUUGUUCCCGCUCAGGCUACACGCAGCCGUCGGCGGCUCGUUCACCGAGCGCCUCCGCCGAGUCAAGGACGACCGGCGGAUGAAGUCGCGUGCGGCAAUGCUCGACUGGGCUCGGAUCCUCUUCCGAGAGAACAACAACAACAACAGCAGUGGUGGUGGUGGUGGUGAUGAUGGUGGUUUUGCGAUGCCAAUAGAAAUCCUGCUCAACUACGGAGGAAAGGUUACGAGUCUCGACCAGACGACGGGGCCACUCCUGAGCGUCACGGAUCCGACGACCGACUUCUCUCUGGGCGACGUUAGCCCCGACAUGGCGCGCAUGGCCCUCAUUGAGAUAUCUGCCGUGGUCGAGGGGGACCAGCUGCGCCUGUCGAUGCGGCACAACCGCCGCAUGAAUCGCCAGGACGGGGUGAGACGCUGGUUCCGGGAAUGGAUCAACACGCUGGAGACGCAGCUACGCGUGCUGGCGGGAGGUCUAGAGGAGAGCAUGACGCUGGCGGACGUGCCUCUGCUAUCACUCGACUACGACGAUCUCGCCCGGCUCGAACUCGCCGAGCUGCCGGCGCGCGGGCUCUCCGUCGCCGACAUCGAAGACAUGUACCCGUGCUCGGCCUUGCAGCAGGGCAUCUUGAUGAGCCAGGACAAGGGCGUCGGCGACUACAUGACACGGGUGGCGUGGGAGGUGCGUGGAGUCGCUGCUCGGCCGGACGAGGGGGACUUGGAGCGCGCAUGGCUGGCGGUUGUCGACCGGCACGAUUCCCUACGCACCGUCUUCCUCGAUAACCCGCCCUACUACACCCAGGCGGUUCUCAAGACGACGAGGACAAGACCCGAGAUUCGCCAUGUCCGUCUCCAGAGCAACGACGACGACGACAACAACAACAACGUGUUCACCAAACAAAACCUGCUGGCCUUGGCCCCCUCGGCACUCGACAUGAAGAAAGGCCGGGGCGUCACGCCUCCGCACUGUCUCUCCAUCGUCACGACUUCGGACGACGACGACGACGACGACGACGACGACGACGUGAACCGCCGCCGUGUAGGCCUCGUGCUCAGCAUCAGCCACGCCGUCGCCGACGGGGACUCGAUAGACGUCCUCGUCCGGGAGCUGGAGCUCGCGUGCGCCGGCAAGCUUCCCCACGGCCCGGGGCCGUCCUACAGGGACUUCAUCGCCCUCCACAUGCAAGGCAGGGAGGCAUCCGCCGCGUACUGGAGAAGCUACCUCCAGUCCGCGACGCCCUGCCUGUUUCCGGGCCGGUCCGACGGGUCGAACGAUGCCUCCUCGCCGGGGGCGCGGCCGGACGAGACGCCCGUCCCCGCCGCCGUCAUCGACGCCGACCUGGACUUCUCUGCCGCCUUACACGGCUUCUGCCGGCGCAGCGCCGUGACCCUCAGCGACGUGGCGCAUGUUGCCUGGGCCGCCGUGCUCCGCGUCUACACGGGCUGUGAGGCCCCGACGUUCGGCUACCUCUACUCGGGCCGCGGGGCGGACCUGGCCGGUGUCGAGCACGCGGUGGGCGCCUACGUCGCCAUGCUGGUGAGCCGCGUUCCGCUCGACGACGACCUGCCGCUCGACGAGGCGGCGCAGCGCGCGCACGACGCGUCGAUCCAGGCCCUGCAGCACGCCCACUGCUCGCUGGCCGGCAUCCAGCACGAACUCGGCCUCGGGGCGCUCUUCAACACGGGCAUCUCCCUCCGGCGAAGGAACACGGCCGAGGGUUCCGGGACGACGACGACGACGACGACGACGACGACGACGACUGCCGUCUCCCUGCAACUGAUGGAAUCCCUGGAUGCUACCGAGUACGACAUGGCCAUCACGGUGGCUGUCGACGACGACGACGACGACGCCGUGUCCGUCUCGCUCGCGUACCGGGCCGAAGCCGUGGCCUGGUUCCAGGCCGACAAAGCCCUCGCCUUGUUCGUCCGCGCCCUGGGAAUCAUCGCCCUCGAACCACCCUCGGACGGCGGCGUGCGGCACCUCGUCGCACGUCUCGCGAGGGAGGCAUCGGGCGCCGAUGGCUGGCGGCACGUCGUCCCCGGCAAGCCGACGGGCCACUCCGUCGCCAGCCUCUUCGCGUCCCAGGCGGAGGCGGCCGCCCCGGACGCCCCUGCAGUGCACGCCUGGGACGGCCUGUUGACGUACGCCGAGCUGCGUCGUGUUUGCCACGGCGUCGCCGCGCAGCUGGUGUCCCGCGGGGUCCGGCCCGGCAAUACGGUGCCCGUCUGCUUCGACAAGUCGCUGUGGUAUGUCGUGGCGGUGCUCGGAGUCUUGCUAUCGGGUGCCGGGUUCGUCCCGUUGGAUCCGGCGCUGCCGCAGGCGGCCGUGGAUCACAUCCUACGGUCCGUCUCGGCCGGCGUUGCCAUCACGUCCCCCCGAUACGAGUCCAGAGUACGCUCCGGGCUCGCCGACCAAAGCGGCGGCGGCGGCGGCGGCGUCAUCGUUCUCCCGGACAUGCUCCCUGCAGGGAACGACGACGACGACGACGACGACGACGACGACAUGCCACCGUCAACGCGUGGCAUAGACCUCGACGCCACCGCCUAUGUCAUCUUCACCUCCGGCAGCACCGGGUCUCCGAAGGGAGUGGCCGUCAGCCACGGCGCCCUGGCGAGCAGCUGCGCCGCGCGCCGUGCGCCCAUGGGGUUCACUCCGGACAGCCGCGUGCUGCAGUUCGCGUCGAGCGCCUUCGACGUCUCGGUCGACGAGAUCGUCUUGACCCUCACCUCGGGCGGCUGCGUGUGCGUGCCGUCCGAUGAGGCGCGCAGCGAUGACCUCGCCGGCGCCAUGGCGGCCAUGAAGGUCAACACGGCCAUGCUGACGCCGUCCGUGGCGCGGCUGUUGCUUCACCUCGCCCCCGACGCGAUCCCUACGCUCCGACAUGUCAUCCUCGGCGGCGAAAAGGUCGCCCGUCAGGACCUCGCCGCCUGGUCCGGUCGCGUGGCCAGGCUCGACAUCGUCUACGGUCUGACCGAGUGCGCCGUGGCUUCGGUGCUCAUGCCCUUCGUCAAGGGGCCGGAGGCGGCCGGUUGCCUCGGGAGGCCCGUCGGCUGCGCCGUGUGGCUCGUCGAUCCCGCCGACGAGCAUCGGCUGGUGCCCGACGGGUGUACCGGCGAGAUGCUGAUCGAGGGCCCGGUGCUUGCAUCGGGGUACCUGGGAGAUCCCGAAAGGACGGCGUCCGCCUUCAUAUCCGGUCCCGGCUGGGCUACCGAUGAUAGCAGCAGCAGCAGCAGCAGCAGCAGCAGCAGCAGCCGUCGCCGCCGCCGCUUCUUCCGCACCGGCGAUCUGGCCUGGCGAGACGGCGGCGGAGUGCUGCACUUUGAGGGUCGCAGAGAUCACCAGAUGAAGCUCCGCGGACUGCGCAUCGAGGCCGAGGAUAUCGAAGGACACGUUGCGCGGAGCUGGCCGCGACCCGGGCGCCGGGCCUUUGUUGACGUUGUAAUAUCGCGUGACGACGGAUCAGGCCGUCUCCGGGAUAUGCUGGUCGCCCUGAUAGACGACGGCGGUUCUCCGACCGGGUCGGACUUGGAAGAGUCGGCUGCGCUGCACACGAGCCCCUUGACAGAAGAGUUUCGACAGGCGGCCAAAGAGACGCGGAGACGGCUGCUCGAGGUGGUUUCCGCCUACAUGGUUCCGACUCUCUUCAUCCCCAUCAACCACAUGCCCAUGUCGGUCUCAGGCAAGACGGAUAGAAAACGGCUGAAGAAACUGUUACAGACGCUCUCGAUGGAUGAACAAAUGCGUGCUCUCCAUCUCCUCCCGAAGAAACGGAAUCGCCCCGGACUCGAACCGCUCAACGAUGGCGUCGGGACGGAGACGAGGACGGAGACGGAGACGGAGACGGAGACGGAGACCGAAGGCUGUCUGAAAGCCACGUGGGCUCGUGUGCUUGGCUCCGGCUCCGGCUCCGGCUCCGGCGGCGGCGGCGAGGAGAUUGAUUUGGACUCCCAUUUCUUCCAGAUUGGCGGCGAUUCCAUGACGGCAUUGCGGUUGUCGUCCGCUUUACGCGCCGACGGGUUCCGUCUGCCAGUCUCUGCCAUCUUCAAGACGCCGGUGCUUCGAGAUAUGGCCGAGGCGAUGACGAGGUGGGAAAGCCCGGCAAAGGCCGAGCAGCCCAUGCCGGAGGAGGAGGUGGAGGAGGAGGAGGACUACGGGUGGUCCGGAACUGCAACUGCAACUGCACCGACAUCUCUGCUUGACCCACGCUUCGAAGACGUCUUCCCGACGACCGAGUUCCAGUCCUGGUGCGUCAACUGCUGUCUCGCCGAUCCGCGGGCCUACAUGACAUACUUCGCCAUGGAUGUCCUGGGCCCGCUUGACCCUGUCCGCCUAAGAGCUGCUAUCCAGAAAACCGUCCUUCACUUGCCCAUUCUCCGGACCGUCUUCCUUUCGAAGAACGGCGAUAUCUUCCAAGCCGUCCUUCGUAGCCAAGAAACCCCGAUCCUUGCCCUUGCGGAACUUGAUCGUCACUUCCAGGCCGAGUUGCAAACCAUGGCGGCUAAGGACCUGGCAGUCGCCGACGCAGCAAAGUCACCGUUUCGACUCGGUACUCCCGUCACGGGGUUCACCCUCAUAUCCGAUCCCGUCCGUCAAACCGCCUGCCUGGUCAUGCGUCUCUCUCACGCCCAAUACGACGCGUCGUCCUUCUCCGCCAUGCUCGAAACCUUGCGUUGCGCUUACUCCGGCACUCCGCUGCCGGCAGCCUCGAGCCUCAGACACCACGUUGUCGGCGAAACAAGAGGGUCCAGCGGUCGGCGGGCGCGUGAGCACUGGCGUUCCCUCCUGGGUGGCGGUGGUGGUGGUGGUAGCAAACCGACGAGGGUUCUCCGCAACCGCCAGUCUCUCGCGGCUUCUUAUCCGGAUCGUCUGUUCACCUGCACCAUCCCGCUAAGAAUACCCCUUACCGGCUAUCCAACGUCCUCACCGGCCGGUUUCACUACGGCAACCCUUCUCAACGCCGCCUGGGCUCUCGUUCUGGCCCGGCUUUCGGCCUCGUCUGAUGUGCUCUUCGGUCUCGUCGUUUCCGGCCGCGACGGCGCCACAUUGCCGCCCGUCGCCGGACCCGUCAUGAACUACGUGCCCAUGCGCGUGCGGUUGCGGCGCGGGUGGACGGCGGCCGACGUCCUGCUUGCGGUGCAGCGUCAGUUCGCGGAUGGGCUGCCUUUCCACGGCGGGCCGGUGUUCGGGCCCGAGGACGACUCGGACGCGCGCCGCGACGUGUUCAGUUCGGUCCUGCAGUUCCAAAACAGCGAGGUCGAGGCGGCCGUGGCAGGCGACGUCGCGCUCGGCGACGACGUGGUGGUCAGGGCCGUCCGCGCCAUCGGGAACGAAGCCUUCCUCGGCUGCGCGGACGUUUUUGUUUUUGCCGAGGCUCGCAAGGGCUCCUUGAAAGUGUCCUUCUCAUACGCGGGUCGUGUCGUGCCCAAAGACAUAGUGGAGAGAAUGGCGGAGGAGUUGGAGAGCGCUGUUGGCUUGAUCGUGGCCGAACACACCAGAUGCCAACCGAUUCCUGACGUUGCUAGCUUGGAUCCAAUCUUGCCUUGCUAA